ACAGCGAUGGAAGAACAGCAGUGAGCAAUGAGCUCUCCAGUCUGCUGCACCUGCACCACCUUCUGACGUCGCAGCUGCCGCAUGGCCACGGACGGGGAGGAUGGACACCAAGGGAGGCGAGGAUGGAGCGGCCAUGUUGAGUGAAUGAAUGAAUGAAUGAAUCAGUGAUUUCAUGUUUGCAGGUUCGGUCCGUGAUGGAGUCGUCCCACCUCCUGGCCGCCGCUAAGAAGCGCGUGAAGAUCCACCCUCACACGGUCACCGCCAAGUACGCCACACACGCCCCCUACUCCCCGCAGCCUGGAGGCCACACCCACUUCCCCCAGCCCGGGGACGAAGGCUACGACGACGCCCCGUCUUUCGAGGACUUCGGCUCCUUCCUGGAGGAGACCUCGGACCGGAAGCCGCUGACGGAGGCCAAGCCGUGGCCCCUGAGUCUGUUCGGGUCCAGGGACAAGGAGAAGGGCGCCGCCCCGAGACCCCAGGCGGACUGCGGCGGCGAAGCCGCAGCCAAGGUGGCGAAGGCCUCCGGGAAAGGAGUCGGGGAGCAGCUGGCCAGUUUUGGGGAGGCGUCCGUGUCCGCGUCCCGGCUCACCUGGGUCGGAGUUCUGGGGGCGGCGCUGGCUAACGGCUGCGUGAUUAUUCUGACUCGUGUGGCGUCGGAGCGGCUGGGCUUGGGCGCCAUCUUCCUUCUCUUGGCGCGCUGCGUGGUGCAGCUGCUGGCCGUGGUGGUGCCGCUCCACCGGGGGGAGAACCCCUUCGGACCGGAAGGCUACCGUCUGCGUCUGCUGGGUUACGGCGUGGCCUACUCCCUCUCGCUCUGCUGCGCCUACUCCUCGCUGACCUUCGCCAACCCGUACACCGCCACCACCACCUGGCGCCUGGCGACCACGGCGCUGUCGGCCGCCCUCGCCUUCCUGCUGCUGGAGGAGCGUCUGGGCCUGGCGGACGGCAUCACCUUAGGGGCGGGACUGUGCGGCUUGGGGGUUCUGCUACUUCCGGCUGCGGAUGAGAGCAACUACGACUCCCCGACUGACCCAGUGGUGUUCUGGAGGGGGGCCUUCGGGUGGUCGCUGGCCGCCCUCGCCGGGCUGUGGAUGGCCCUGGCCCUGGUUGGGUACCGCUCCCUGAAGGAGCGAGUGGGCGUGGCCACGGCUCUGUUCACGGUGAGCUGGACUGGCUGCCUGCUGGCCCCGCUGGCGCUGGUUCUGCUCCAGGAGGGCUGGUCUUGGCCCCAGGGAGUCCAAGCCUGGGGCCUGAUCCUGGGCUUGGUGGCCUGCUCGGCCGCCGCCUUCCUGGGGGUGACACACGGCCUGGCCCGCCUCCACCCGGCGCUGGUGUCCGCCUGCCAAAGCGUGGAGGUGCCGCUGGCCACGACGCUGCACCUGGCCUUGCUGCCCUUGGCGCCCACCGCCACCGAGGUGGUGGGGAACGCCAUGGUGAUGCUGAGCGUGGGCUGGUUGGUCGCCACCAAGCUGCUUCCCUCACGCGGCGCCGGGCGGCGCCACCGGGAGGAGUACGAGGAGAUCCUGGACUCGCCCAUUAAAUAAAGACUAAAUACCUCUGCCGAGCACAAAGUUCAUGAACUGAUCGCCAUUUCUUUGUUUCAUGGCCACUUUUACUCGACUUUAUUACCUCUGCCAAGCACAAAGUUCAGUAUCC